AUGGACACGACGAUCCUCCGCAACGCCACCAUAAUGCAGCCCCAGAACAGGAAUAGGCAUCAAUUCAUGAUCUUUGGUGGCUUCCUGCUGAAGCAGACGUUCGAGUUGGCAUUCACGACCGCCGCUGCAUUCGCACACGCUCGCCCGACGUUCGUAUCGCUCGACCCGUCCACGUUUCAGAAUCCGGUGCCUCAACGGUCGUUUACACGGAUCCUCCGCUUAUUGGGGCCCCCCGGCGAGCAGUUCGACCCUGAAAGCGAAUACUCGAGGGUGCAAGUGCGCGUGGACAGUAAAGUGCGGGACGUUGAGCACGGUCGAUCCAAACCCACGGGAACAUUCAACUAUACCUUCACUGUGAAGAAGAACAUCAGGGUCGUGCCAAGGACAUACCAGGAAUUUAUGCUGUAUCUUGACGCGAGGAGAAGAGCAGAACAGGUGAAGGAGACGCUGCAGGAGGAGGGUGUAGGCCUGAGCCCCAAGUCGGCGGAGCAGAGCGUUACCGAGUAG